AUGUUUGCCGCCCGGAGAGCUUUCGGCUUUGCCCAGCGACGGGCCUUCUCCGUCUCUGCGCCCCAGUCUUCCAAAGUGGCCGUUCUAGGUGCCGCAGGUGGUAUUGGCCAGUCAUUGUCGCUGUUGAUGAAGCUCAGUCCUCGUGUCACUCAGCUGGCUCUGUACGAUAUCCGGGGUGGCCCAGGUGUUGCCGCCGAUCUUAGCCAUAUCAACACCAACAGCACUGUUACGGGCUAUGAUCCUACCCCCUCCGGUCUCCGGGACGCUCUCAAGGACUCUGAAAUUGUCCUCAUUCCCGCUGGUGUGCCUCGCAAGCCUGGCAUGACCCGUGAUGAUCUUUUCAACACCAACGCUUCCAUUGUCCGUGACUUGGCCAAGGCUGCUGCCGAUGCCUCUCCUAACGCCAACAUCCUCGUCAUCGCCAACCCCGUCAACUCCACCGUCCCAAUUGUCGCCGAGGUCUUCAAGUCCAAGAAUGUCUACAACCCGAAGCGCCUUUUCGGUGUCACCACCCUGGACGUCAUCCGCGCCUCCCGCUUCAUCUCUCAAGCCAAAGGCACCGACCCAAAGGAUGAGAAAGUCACCGUCGUCGGCGGCCACUCCGGCGUCACCAUCGUACCCCUGAUCUCCCAAUCCAACCACCCUGACAUCUCCGGCGAGAAACUUGAAACCCUCGUCAACCGCAUCCAGUUCGGUGGUGACGAAGUCGUCAAGGCCAAGGACGGUGCUGGUUCCGCCACCCUCUCCAUGGCAAUGGCUGGUGCCCGGUUCGCUGAGAGCCUUCUGAAGGCCUCCCAGGGUGAGAAGGACGUCAUUGAGCCCACUUUCGUCGACAGUCCCCUCUACAAGGACCAGGGCAUCAACUUCUUUGCGUCCAACGUCAAGCUUGGACCCAAUGGUGUUGAGGAGAUCCUCCCCGUAGGCAAAGUCUCUGAGUACGAGCAGAAGCUCAUCGAUACCUGCCUCAUCGAUCUGAAGAAGAACAUCACCAAGGGUGUCCAGUUCGUCAAGACCAACCCAUGA